AUGCAUUUGCGGGACGGCGAAGGUGGCGGAACCGCCUACCAAGAGACUGACCGCGCAGAUGGCUCGAACGGCCUGACCAACGGCACCGUCGACCCGUCCUCGACGAGAACCAUUGCCGUUGCGCCCCGCGAUGGCGCCGAGAGCGGCGUCGCCGCCUACAGACUUGAGUUGCUGCUCGCAUGGCUCCUCGUGCUGUACCGCAACAAUGACGACGGCCUGAGCCGUGUAAACUGGGGCUUCAGAACGCGAGACGGCCAGCAACCGUUGGAGAACAGCUUAAACCUGAGUGAAGUUCCUUUCAGCAAGGACAACUCGAUAGCCGAGGCUCUCCAGAUCAUCAAGAACCUCGAUGCCAACGAAAUCGGUGAUGCGCAAACGGUCCCGGUGAUAUACUUCAACAAUGGAACACCCGCGCAAGGUGGCGCUGAGAAGACGCCUUCCAAGCGCUCUCAUGACUGGACGUACCAAGUCGAAGCGACCGUUCUUGAGCAGCAGAUGGUGAUCAAGGCCCAAUGGGACCGGGCGGCCGUGACCUACCGUACUGCCGUUUCCCAACUCGACGCCUUUGUCGAGAUCUUCUCCAACAUCCUCGAAAAGCCCGAUCGCCUCAUUGGAGACACAGUCGGGCCUACCGCCAAAGACCUCGAGCAGAUUUGGACCUGGAACGCGGAGCUUCCACCGAACAUCCAACGAUGCAUGCAAGAUAUCAUCUCAGAAGUGGCCGCCAAUGGCCCUGACAGGCCAGCGAUUGAGUCAUGGGACGGAAACUUUACCUACGGCGAGGUUGAACAGCUCUCUACCCGCCUCGCGCGUCAUUUGGUGCACCGCGGGGUGACGGUCGGCUCGACUGUUCCCAUGUGCUUUGAGAAGUCAAGGUGGACGACUGUGGCUCUUCUGGCCGUCAUGAAGGCUGGUGCCGCCUUUGCGCUCACCGACCCUAGCCAGCCUGAGGCCCGUCUACGGACCAUCGUUGAGCAGACUGGAGCCACGAUCAUCGUCACAUCCCAGUUGCAGAGCGAACUCGGUCGUCGCAUUGCGCCCGAGGGAACCGUCAUCAUUGUCUCUGAGGAGGUUAUCAGCUCAGACUCCCUCGAGCUCGCCCCUGAGCUGCCUGUUGUCCCGCCUUCCUCCCCCCUCUAUAUCCAGUUCACCUCCGGCAGCACGGGUAAGCCCAAGGGCGUCGUGAUCUCCCACGAGAACUUCACCAGCGGCGCCAUUCCUCGUGGCGACGCUGUCGGCUACCGCGCGCACACGCGCUGCUUCGAUUUCGCUUCGUAUGCUUUCGACGUCAGUAUCGACUGCAUGCUCUGUACGUACGCCGCAGGCGGCUGCCUCUGCAUUCCCUCCGACGAGGACCGCAUGAACGACCUCAGCGGCGCCAUCCGUAACAGCAAGUGCAACAUGGCUCACAUGACUCCCUCUGUCGCCCGCGUUCUGGACGCGGAUGUAAUUCCCUCCCUCGAGGUCCUCGGUCUCGGAGGUGAGGCCGUUUCUGCCGGCGAUGCUUCGACGUGGAGCAAGACCACCAGCGUCAUCAUUGCCUACGGCCCUUCGGAGUGCACUGUUGGUUGCACCAUCAACAACAACGUCAAGGUUUCCACCAACAUCGGAAAGGGUGUCGGUGGCCUCUGCUGGAUUACCGACCCCGAUGACCACGACCGCCUGAUGCCAGUUGGUGCUGUUGGUGAACUCCUCGUCGAAGGUCCCGUUGUUGGUCCUGGGUAUCUCGGUGACAAGGCCAAGACUGACGAGGUCUUCAUCAAUGAUCCCGCCUGGCUCCUCGCGGGUGGCGGACCUGCUCGCGGCAGACAUGGCCGUCUCUACAAGACCGGCGACCUUGUCCGCUACGACCCUGAUGGCACCGGAGCCAUCGCUUUCGUCGGACGCAAGGACCAGCAGGUCAAGCUCCGAGGCCAGAGAAUCGAGCUUGCUGAGGUUGAGCACCACCUCAGGGGCAAGAUGCCCUCCGGUGUCAAGAUCGUUGCCGAAGUUAUCAAGCCCGGCGGUACCGAGCCUACCCUGGUUGCGUUCGUCGUUGAGCAGCAGCCCGUUGACUCUCCUGAUGCCGAGGGUGACGUGACCACCUUCUCCCCUGAGUUCAGCCAGGCUAUCGCCGAAAUUGACAUCGCUCUUGGAGCCGAGAUCCCCCGCUACAUGGUUCCCUCCGCAUACAUUCCUCUCCGCAAGAUGCCGUCUCUUGUUUCCGGCAAGAUCGACCGCAAGAAGCUGCGUGAGCUUGGUGGCUCCAUGACCCGAGAGCAGGUUGCCCGCCUCCGCGUCGCUCCUACUGAGAAGAGCGAGCCCGAGACCGAGAUGGAGAAGGGACUGCAGCAAGUCUGGGCCAAGGUUCUCGGUGGUGACGCCACCAUUGGCCUGCAUGAUAGCUUCUUCGCCCUUGGUGGUGACUCUCUCAGAGCGAUGAAGCUGGUGGCAGCCGCCAGAGAGGAGGGCAUUGCUCUUAGCGUUGCAAUCAUUUUCAACUUCCCUACGCUCAAGGAGAUGGCCCAGAACGCGACCAAGGUCUCCAAGGACGAUGAUGUCGCCAUCGCUCCCUUCUCCCUCCUUGAAGAGGGUUGGACCCCUGAGGAAGCCCGCGCCGAGUCUGCCAAGCUUUGCGGCAUCGAGGAGUCCUCGAUCGAGGAUAUCUACCCCUGCACGCCUCUUCAAGAGGGUUUGAUGGCUCUUUCUGCCAAGGUCAAGACGGCAUACACUGCCCAAAGAGUCGUCGACCUUCCCGACGCGGAGACAGCAGACAAGCUUCGCAAGGCCUUCGACGUCGCAGCCGCGGAUUGCCCCAUCUUGCGCACCAGAAUCGUCCAAGUGCCCGGACGCGGUCUUGCUCAGGUGGUCAUCAAGGAGGACAUCCCCUGGUUCAUCGGCGAUGACUUGCAGAGCUACCUCGUUAAGGAUCGUGAAGAGGACACUGAUCUCGGCAAGCCCCUUGUCAGAUAUGCUCUCAUCACUGACAAGGACACUGGCAAGGUGCACUUCAUCCUGACGAUGCACCACGCUCUCUACGAUGGUUGGUCCAUGCCUCUUGUCGUCGAGAAGGUCAACAAGGCCUUCGACGGCGAGAGAAUCCAGCGACCUGCGGGAUUCAACGCCUUCAUCAAGUAUCUCAAUGGCAUGGACCGAGCUGCCGCCGAGACAUACUGGCGCGAUCAGCUCCAGGGAGCUACGGGUACUCAGUUCCCUGCUCUGCCGUACCCUGGCUACCAAACCCAAGCCGACUCUCUGCUCGAGGUCUACGUACCCCUGACCGGCCGCCCAGCUUCCAACGUCACCGUCGCAACUGUCAUUCGCAGUGCGUGGGCGUACGUUGCUUCUCAUUACACUGGAUCCUCUGAUGUUGUCUUUGGUGAGACGCUCACCGGUCGCAACGCCCCUAUCAGGGGUGCCGAGGAGAUCGAAGGACCAAUGAUCACUACCGUUCCUUUCCGCGUCCAACUCAACGGCGAGACCACCGUCACCGACUUCCUCCACGACAUUCAAGACCAGACCGUUCAGCAAAUUCCUUACGAGCACACUGGUCUCCAGCACAUCCGCCGUCUCAGCCCUGAUGCCCUCGAGGCUUGCGAGCUCCGCACCGGCAUCGUCCUUCACCCCAGUGCCGACGACAUCGACAUGGAGGAGUUCAACAAGUACCCCGCCAACCGUCUCGUACCUGCCGGUGACGCGGAAGCCGCUCAGGAAGCUCUCAAGUUCAACACCUACGCCCUCAUGUUGGUCUGCUCCACGGACCCUAAGGGCUUCCUGGUGAUGGCCAGCUUCGACUCCAAGACCGUCGGCAAGCCCCUGAUGGAGAAGGCCCUCGCUCAGUUCUCUCAGGUUGCGCAGCAGAUGUCCAAGCUCACCGAUGCCCCUCUGGCUGAUGUCAAGUACCUCACGGAGGAGGACCAGGCCGAGGUUGCUCGCCUGAGCAUUGAAAGCUUGAAGGCUGUUCAGGCCGAGUACCCCGAAGCCGAGGCCGCUUGGAUUGUCAACACCAGCGACUCUGGACUUCUUGCACCUCCGGGCGUCGUUGGUGAGCUGGUGGUUGCUAGCAAGACCGAGCUGGCGUUCCCCACGCUCGACAAGGCGUCCUGGGCGGAACCUACGGAGGGCACCAAGCUCUACAAGACGGAUCGCCUCGCCAAGUUUAACCCCGACGGAUCUAUACACUUCGCCGGCAAGAAGAGUGAAUUGGCUCAUAAGGCUCCCGCUGCUCCCAAGGCCCCGACCAAGCGCAUUUCUGCCACCUCCUCCAAGCAGAGACGUCUCCGAAGCCUCUGGAGCCGCGUCCUCAAGCUCCCCGAGACCGACAUCGGUCUCAACGACAGCUUUUUCAGACUUGGAGGUGACUCCAUCGGCGCCAUGAAGCUCGUCUCCGAGGCUCGCCUGGCCGGCCUCACCCUGACUGUCAACCAAGUCUUCUCCAAGAGAACGCUCUAUGACAUGUCCUCCGUCCUUCAGGACUCAGAACCCACACAAAGCUCCGACGAGACGACGAAGGCCAGCGUACCUUUCGAAUUGCUGGAAAACCCUACUCCCGAUGUCACUGAAAGCCUGCGCCCCUUGUUGGCGGACCCGACAUGGAAGAUUGUCGACGCCUUCCCUGCCAGACCUCUCCAAGAGGUCGCUGUCAAGGGAACCAUCGAGAUUCCCAGAUUCUCCGCGCGUUACGAGGCCAUGUACUUUGAGACCGACGUCGACCGCCCUCGUCUGUUCCAGAGCUGCCAAGAACUGGUCUCCCGCAACGAGGUCCUUCGGUCGGUGUUCGUCCAGCACAACGGCACCUGCGUGAGUGUCGUUCUCGAGGACGUCAAGACUCCCGUGGAGGUUUACGAGAUCGACGGAGACGUCGAGGCCUUCACCCACCAGCUCUGCGAACUUGAUGUCCAGACCCGCAUGCCUCUUGGCUCGGUCUUCGUUAAGUGGUUCUUCGUCCACAGUGUCAACGGCCAAUCUGCCCUGAUCUUCCGCGUCUCGCACGCACAAUACGACGAGAUCUGUCUGCCGCUGAUGCUCCACCAGCUCUCUGCCCUGCACGAGGGCAAGCCCGUGCCCAAGGCUCUCCCCUUCUCCUCCUUCGUCAGCCACGUCGUCAAGUCCAACAUUCCCCAGAGCGUCGACUACUGGAAAGAGCUCCUCCAGGGCUCUUCCGUCUCCGUCCUCAAGCCCGACACCCCGAUCACGGAGAGACAACACUACGCCAUCGACCGCACCUUCGACAUCUCUUCCCGCUCAAAGGACGUCACCAUCGCCACCCUUCCUACGGCGGCCUGGGCCCUCACCCUUGCCCGCCUCCUCAAGACCAAGGACGUCACCUUCGGCGAGGUCGUCAGCGGCCGCAACAUCGACUUCCCCAACGCCGACAUGGUCGUCGGCCCCUGCUGGCAGUACGUGCCCGUCCGCGUCAAGUUCGAGGACGACUGGACGGUUCUCGACCUCCUCAACCUCGUGCAGGAGCAGCAUAUCUCCAGCUCCGCGCACGAGGGCAUCGGCCUCAAGGAGAUCGCCAAGCUGUGCACCGACUGGCCCGCGUCCGUGGACUGGUUCGACACCGUCGUGCACCAGGACGUCGAGCACGUCGAGACGCUCGGCUUCUCGUCGGCCAGCAGCAGGAUGGAGACCAUCUACCCCCACCAGGAGCCCCUGCGCGAGUGGAAGAUCCAGGCGUUCCCCCAGGGAGAUAAGUUGACCAUCGAGAUUGUCACGUUCGAGUCGUGGAAGGGACAUGCCAAGGAGCUGUUGGACAAGAUUGAGAAGACGUUCGAGGUGCUCAUGGGUAACCCCGGUGCCCCGUUGGCUCCGUUGUUUGAGCAGUAG